GGAGGAGGAGAGAAACCGAGGGGAUUUACAAAAACUUUGUCCUGAUCGUUCCCACUCUUGCUUCCUCUGUGAAUAGUCUGCAGGUUACAUUGUAUCUGCAUCAUGAAGGAAAGAAGACUCGCACAGCCCUUUGUAGCACGCUGUAAACUGGUGCUGGUCGGGGACGUCCAAUGCGGUAAAACAGCGAUGUUACAGGUUCUGGCCAAAGACUGCUAUCCAGAGACUUACGUCCCCACUGUGUUUGAGAACUACACAGCCUGUCUGGAGCUUGAAGACCAGCGUGUGGAGCUCAGUCUUUGGGACACAUCAGGUUCUCCGUACUACGACAACGUCAGACCCCUCUGCUACAGCGACUCAGAUGCAGUGCUCUUAUGCUUUGACAUCAGCCGACCAGACUCAGUAGACAGUGCGCUGAAGAAGUGGAAAGCAGAGAUCCAGGACUUCUGUCCCAGCACACGGAUCCUGCUAAUCGGCUGCAAGACAGACCUGCGGACAGAUGUUUGCACUCGCAUGGAGCUGUCCAAUCAGAAACAGACUCCCAUCUCCCAUGAACAGGGUUCGUCCUUGGCCAAGCAGCUCGGAGCGGAGGCUUACCUGGAGUGCUCAGCGUUCACCUCAGAGAAGAGCAUCCACAGUGUUUUUCGUACCGCGGCGUUGGCCUGCAUGAACAAACUCCAGCCUGCCAACAAACCCAGCCCCGUCCGCCGGCUCUCCAAGAGACUCCUGCACCUGCCCAGCAGGACGGAGCUGCUCUCCUCCACCUUCAGCAAGGACAAGUCCAAGAGCUGCUCCGUCAUGUGAAUACUGCUGAGAUCAUGCUGGGGGAUGGGGGGAAAAAAGGAAAUCAAGGACAAGCAGGUGGUUCAGCAUGGGGGGCCCCCAAGGGUAUGCAAGGGAAAGAGAGCAACGAUUUCUACAGAGCAUCUCUCUCCUUUGCAGCAUCCUCCCCAAACUCCCCCGAAUACCACUUAAAAAAAAAAAAGUUUGCUACACUCUCUAUAUUCAACUCUGACACUGAACUUUUGAUCAUGACAUAUCACCAGCACACAGUGCAGAGACAGAGUGGUAAAAAUGUUUGUUGAAAAUAUCUCAGAUCUAUUAAACACACCUGUACAAAGAGAGCAAAGCAGGCACUUUACGACCUGUUAGACUCCUCACAUAAAAAGGUUUCUGUGAGAGCUUGAAUAAGAUCAGUGCCUCCUCUUCUCCAAGUGGUUGUAAACUCUGCCUUUGACUGCAUUAUCCUGAUGGGAUUCAUUUGAAAUUCUGAUAGCGGUGCCCUUUCCCAUCCAUCUCUUUUUUUCCUGAAUGUCUCUUUAAGGUCACAAUGCGCUGAAUGACGAGAUGAAAAGUAAAAUCUGACAGUUAUAGGAAGUGGUUUCUGCAGAAAUGCGGCACAGGGAAUUUAAAACAGCAGUCCUUGAAGAAAUGACCCCCCCGCCCCGACAGCUCAUGGUAUUUCGUUUGGAAAUUAAAGCUGACAGUGGCGAAAAAAGGGGGGAGAGAAGGGAGGGAUUUGGCAAAGCAGAGUGUCCAUUUGCAAAGGCAGUCUCGGGACGAACUGGGGGGGGGGGGGGGG